AUGGAAGGUUGGUCUACUGGUAUUUCCCCACCCUCUGGUAAAGGCAGUAGAUUAAUAGUUUCUCACAUUGGCAGUGAAAAAGGAUUUGCUAAGCAUGGUUUGUUGGAAUUUGAAUCCAAAAGCACAAAAGACUAUCACGAGGAGAUGACAGCUGAUGUUUUCGAAGAGUAUUUUGAGCAGAUGAUUGAACAUAUACCACCAAACUCAAUUAUAGUAUUAGAUAAUGCACCUUAUCAUUCACGACUAGUUGAAAGACUUCCAACGACUGCGUGGAAGAAACAGGAUAUCAUUGACUGGCUGCGGAAUAAGUCCCUGCCUUACGAAAAUGGAAUGGUUAAAGCAGAACUUUUAAAAGUUGCCCGGCAACACAAAUCUAAGUUCAAGAAAUACGUAGUUGACAAAAUGGCGGAAAGACGAAACAUCACAGUCCUUAGACUUCCACCCUACCACUGCGAAUUAAAUCCAAUUGAACUCAUUUGGGCACAAAUGAAAAGCUAUGUGGCUAGAAAAAAUACGUCAUAUAAAAUACAAGCUGUACGUGAAUUGUUAUAUGAGUCUUUACAACAUAUUACAGAACAAAAUUGGCGAGAUGCAGUAAGACAUGCAAUAGAAGAAGAACAAAAAAUGUGGGAUCUUGACAAUAUAAUUGAUGCGACUGUAGAGACACAACCGCUAAUUAUUAACCUGCAAGACGACUCGGAUUCCGAAGAUGAUCCUGUUUAUUUUGAAUUUGAAUAG